AGAAAGAAAGCCAUCUGUCAAAAGAAUGCAACAUGGUGUCAACGGGAUAAGCAGGAGCGUUAAAUAUCUAUCACUGACUUCUAUAAUAUAGUAAUAAAAAGUAAAAAUGGGACUAAAAAUAGUAUUAAGCACUUAUAUUUUAAGUUAUUCCUUAACUGUUUGCAUUUUUUCUUCUACUCGUAUUCUCAAGUGUAUCAGUUGUGCCUGCUGCCUCCUUCCAAUUGCCAACUCAUAUAUGAAAUAUGGCGUCGAAGGCUGCAUAUAAGCGGUUAAUGAAAGAAUAUUUAGCACUUCAAAGGAAUCCUGUAGAGUACAUAGACGCCAAACCAGCACCAGAAAACAUUUUAGAAUGGCAUUAUAUCGUUACGGGUCCUCCUGACACACCUUAUGAGGGUGGUCAAUAUCAUGGGACCCUUAUAUUCCCUUCAGAGUAUCCUUUCAAACCUCCAGCAAUUCGGAUGAUUACACCGAGUGGCCGGUUCCAAACCAAUACUCGUCUAUGUCUAUCAUUUUCUGAUUUUCAUCCGAAAUCUUGGAAUCCCGCAUGGAUGGUAUCAACGAUCCUUGUUGGUCUCGUCUCGUUUAUGACUUCUGAUGAAAUAACUACAGGCGGUAUUGUAACACCUGAAUCCACAAGAAAAGCAUACGCAAAGGACACAAAGCGUUUCAACUUAUCGAAUAAUCCAAAGUUCGCUGCCAUAUUUCCAGAACUUUUGGAUCAGAAUCGGCGAGACAUAAUGGAACAAUCUGCCGCCAGCGCAAAGGCAAAUGAUGAAGCUAUUGCUCAGAAAAUCACGUCCACUCCGUCGAAGUCUGAUUCUAAUACAUCAAAAGAUGAGGAAGGAAAGUGGUUUAAAGGUCGUUGGGGCCUCAUCGUUGUGGUGUUCUUUGCACUAGCAUUAGCUCGUUUUUUCGGCUCAGAAGCCUAGGUCAUUCAUUGUUUGAGCCAACUUUUGUCAUUAUUCGUUUUUCCUAAUUCUAUUUUCCAACCCUGAAUUAAAAUUCAAACAGAUUUGGUUUUUCUGCUAUAGAAUAAAAUUUACAUAUUUAUUUCAUUAUGGU